AUGGCUCCCCCCGCUGCCGAGAGCGCCUCGCCGAUUGGCAUUGCCAAUCUUCCCAACCAGCGACACAAGAUUGUCGCCAAGCGUGGUGCCGGCUUCACCAUCAUGGUUGCUGGCGAGUCUGGCCUGGGAAAGACGACCUUCAUCAACACGCUCUUCUCGACGACGAUCAAGAACUAUGCCGACCAUAAGAAGCGCCACCAGAAGCAGGUCGACAAGACGGUCGAGAUCGAGAUCACCAAGGCUGAGCUGGAGGAGAAGUUCUUCAAGGUCCGCCUGACCGUCAUCGACACUCCCGGAUUCGGCGACUAUGUCAACAACCGCGAUUCUUGGAUGCCCAUCAUCGAGUUCCUCGACGACCAGCACGAGUCGUACAUGCUUCAGGAGCAGCAGCCCCGCCGCCAGGAUAAGAUCGACCUCCGCGUCCAUGCCUGCCUGUACUUCAUCCGCCCCACCGGCCACACCCUCAAGCCUCUUGACAUUGAGGUCAUGAAGAGGCUCUGCUCCCGCGUCAACCUGAUCCCCGUCAUCGCCAAGGCCGACACCCUCAGCCCUGCUGACCUGGCCAAGUUUAAGCAAAGGAUCAUCUCCGUCAUCGAGGCUCAGAACAUCAAGAUUUACCAGCCCCCGAUUGAGGAGGAUGACGAGGCUGCUGCUCAGCACGCCCGCAGCCUGAUGGCCGCCAUGCCUUUCGCCGUUAUCGGCUCGGAGAAGGACGUCAAGACUGGCGACGGCCGCAUCGUCAAGGGCCGCCAGUACUCGUGGGGCGUUGCCGAGGUCGAGAACGAGGACCACUGCGACUUCAAGAAGCUCCGCUCCAUCCUGAUCCGAACCCACAUGCUCGACCUUAUCCACACCACCGAGGAGCUUCACUAUGAGGCGUACCGCGCCCAGCAGAUGGAGACGCGCAAGUUUGGCGAGGCCCGCCCGAGAAAGCUGGACAACCCCAAGUUCAAGGAGGAGGAGGAGGCUCUGCGAAAACGCUUCACCGAGCAGGUUAAGAUCGAGGAGCAGCGAUUCCGGCAGUGGGAGCAGAAGCUCAUCGCCGAGCGCGAUCGCCUCAACAAGGAUCUGGAGCAGACCCACGCCCAGAUCAAGCAGCUGGAGGGCGAGCUGGAGGCGAUGCAAGGCAGCGCCGUCCGCAGCCACGGCCGCCGCUAA